AUGGAAAUGAACACCACAAAACGACCUCUUGGGGAACGCUUGUGGGAAAUCACCUACUCAUACUUCCCUCUUAGCUUUACGACAUUUGGGGGUCCCAGUGCGAACAUUGCCAUCAUAUUUCGAAUGUUUGUGACGGAACGACAUUGGUUGACUGAAGAGAUAUUUGCAGAGCUCUUCUCUAUUGCUCAGGCUCUACCAGGUCCACCUUCGACUCAGCUAGCAUUUGCAUUGGCAAUGAUUCGGGAAGGUGUGAUACCUGCGAUCUGGAGCUUUUUUGUCUGGAGUGGUCCGGGAGCCAUCGUCAUGCUGGCCGUGGCUCUAGGUGUAUCUUUGGGGGGUACUUCUAGCAUACCUGAUGCUGUGAUUGGCCUUGAAAACGGACUUGUAUCGUCAGCCAUCGGGCUUACUGCACUAGCUGCCUUUCAGCUUGGCAAGAAAUUUUCUACUGAUACAACAGCACGUGUGCAGAUCCUUAUUUCAGGUGGCCUAGCUAUUGCAUAUUAUUCUAACGCAUGGCUCUUUCCCUGUCUAAUUAUCUUUGGUGGUAUUGUUACGUAUACUCAAAGCUUACUUGAACCAAAAUGGAAACAAUAUCAAGAAGCUCUGAGGAGAAAACGAAUCCCAACGGUCAUCACGGAUCCGAAAAAGAAUGAUGAUUCAGAAUCAAUAGUUAGUCGUGACGUCGAUGUAGUAGUAGGUGUUGCUGUAACAGAUGUUACUGACUCCAUCAAUGAAGAAAGCAUGGCAGACGCUACGGAAAGGCUAGUGGAUGAAGAAUUCGCCGUCAAGUUCGAACCAAAUAUGCAGUUUACCUACAGCUGGGGCGUCGGUCUGUUGCUGUUAGGUGUUUGGGUGCUCUUUUUAGUCUUGGCUAUUGUCUUUAGAUAUGCAACAAACAUACAGACUCUAAAUCUAUUGGGCACGUUCUACUUUACUGGCUCCAUCAUCUUUGGAGGAGGUCCAGUCGUUAUUCCGUUAUUGCAAUCUUAUGUUGUGUCACCAGGAUGGCUCACAGAUCGAGAAUAUCUAAUUGGAUUGGCAGUUAUUAAUGCUCUUCCAGGCCCUUUAUUCAACUUCUCAGCUUACUGUGGUGCUCUAGCGUUGAGGUCGACGGUUGGAACUUCCAUUGGAGGGGGUAUGCUUGCAUAUGUUGGUAUCUGUGCCCCGGGUUUAAUCUUGAUGUCUGCAUUGCUACCAAUAUGGAGACGUCUUAGAAGUUUGCAAACUCUGCAAAUUCUAUUCAAGGGUAUGAACUCAUCAGCGGUAGGAUUAGUAUUUGCCGCUGUCUAUCUUUUAUGGAAUAAAGCUAUUUCAGGACGCAGCAAAGGGACGGCAGUGGGAAGCUACCCUAUCUACACCAUCCUUGUAGCUUUUGCGUUCGUUGCUGCAGGUUAUACGAAAAUUCCUCCUCCUAUCUUAAUCAUUAUUGGUGGAGCUGUGGGAGUGAUGGAUUGGGCCGUGAAUGCCAACGAUUUUGUCACCACAUAG